CGCACUUCCGGUUACAAGCGAACCAACCUGAAUAUCAUUCGGUUGUCAGCUGAUAAGCACCAAAUGCCGGUAUUUAUCUCGGUGGCAACACGAUAGAAGGUGAUUGUGGUAAUACUCUAUUUGUGUUGCUCACAUUAGACAUGUAAUGUCGUAUAGAAACUUAAUCAAACCCUUGUCCACAUUGUGGACACGCCGAACUUUGAUUCGUUGUCAGCCAUUGACUAUGAACCAACCCAGAGCUGACCUAAUGAGCACCACCGGCUGCCCACAAUCGGCAGGGACGGCGGAUUCAGUGGACAAACAGGAAAGCGACUCCGACAUGCCGUUUAUUGUUGGACACGACAAAACGAAAAAGUUUUUCUACAUAAACUUAGAACAGGAUGGAAAGAGAAAAAAGGAUACUGCUAUUUUGGAGUAUGACUGGAUCAGACCUGGCUUUGUAGACUUGUAUCAUACAGGGGUACCCUCAGCCUACAGAGGACAGGGGAUUGCAAAGAUAUUGGCAAAGGCUGCACUUGAACACUUUGUGGCAGAGGACGCCAAAAUGAGACUGAGCUGUUCCUAUCUACACAAGUAUGUCCAGGAAACCCGCCUUCCAAGAGUAUGGGACAAUGUGGUUUGGGAUGAGUAACAGCAAUGUAUGCUCUACCUGAAUCAAAAACAAAGCCUACAAGUAAAAACCAUAACAUAUUCACAAACAUACCUUCAUACAAAUACCUUCGCAUUCACAAACACACCCUAACAAGCUCCCCUGCGUGCUGAUCAAGCCAUAAUGAUUAACAUUAUUUAACAACGUUAAUAAAUAUUUGGCAAAAGGCUAAUCUACUUCAUUACAUGGUGCUUAUUUUAAGUAAAACAUUGAUUGAUGUGAUUAGCAAAAUACGAUUACAAAUAUCAAUAUAUAUUAGUCAGUCAUGAUUGGCAAAAUACAGUUGCAAGUAUCAAUGUGUACAAGUCUUGUCAAGUCGUAAUCUACCUCGUGUGGUAACACAUUUGUGCUUAUUUCUAACAAGUGAAACACAAUCACAUAUACUUUGGUACCAUACAAUAAAUACAUUUUGUUUUAUUUGUUAUCAAUCCAUAAAGUAUUAAAGAUGUUAAUUUAAUGCGAUUUGUCAAAAUGUUGUUUAACCAUUAUGUACAGUGUACUUCAAAAAUGGAAUAAAGACCAUUUGAUGCUUACCUAUGUUUUCAUUUCAAUACAAUCAAAGUACAUGUAUGGAAGUGACCAAUGUGUUUGUACUUUUGCCCGUUUCUUUCUGUUAAAAGUAAGAAAAUGAAAUUUAAUUGGAGCGCAAUGGUGCCAUAUUUCUGUUAUCCAGUUGUUUAUUUGUCUGCUGAGUGUUAUAAAAAAUUAAACGGAUUUAUGUUUCAUGUUUUCGAUAGCUGUUUAUUUUUAUACAGAAAUCUAUGACGGGACAUGUGGGCAAAAUUGUUCUAGUGAAAAUGUGUCUCACGCCACUGUUUAAGGUAAUAGGUUUUGUCACUAUUUCUCAGUAGAAUUUCUUCAAAUUUUGUAGUUAUAUUGCUUUAAAAGUAAAGAAAAUAUUAACCAAAUUCCGUUGAAUGGACAAAGGGAGGCAAUCUGUAUACAAAGUUUAAAAAAAUAUCCAAGUCCUAGAAUGAUGUGUGACGUCACGGAAUUAGAUUGCUAUCUAAGUCGGUGGUGAAGUAAAGUACAGAAUGUUAUAUAAUGGCAUUCAGAAAUCUUGAAUAAUGUACAAAUACAUAUUGUUUUCUUGUUACAUUUAUUUUGAUACAUUUUUGUUACAAGAAUUCACCAGAAGGGUUGUAGGUAGAAUGAAUAUACUUUUGUUUUAUGCAAGGUGUCUAAAUGUAUGCUGUAUAACACAUGCACCCGGUAUGUUUUGUUCCUCCCCUUGAAAAGUCUUGUUUUGAUAUGUUUGAUUAGCUGUUUUAUGGAAUAAAUGUUAUAUCAAA